AUGUGCAAACUUGCGCAUUGAUGAAACAGCUAUUGAAAUACAUUUCAAAGUAAGAUUUUUCAACACACAACUGUGUCAUUUCCUUUCCAGAUGCUGACAUACUAUGUGAUAAAGAUUUUAGGUUUCAAUUGUAAAGAGGGGGAAGUGGAUAAAUCAGUGCUGCCUCCUUUACCAGCAAUGACAAAAGAGACCACAGAGCAACAGAGGCUCUGCCCUGAUGAACCAGAGGAUGCUGACACCUACUCAGAGUCUGUGAAAUUCGAUGCUCGCUCGAUGACAGCAUUGCUUCCUCCCAAUCCUAAAAAUGGCCCUUCCCCUCAGGAGAAGCUGAAAUCCCUCAAAACUGCCCUAGUUGCCCUCUACCUUCUUGUGUUUGCCAUUCUCAUACCGCUCAUUGGGAUAGUGGCAGCCCAUCUUAGGAAUUGGGAAAUGAAGAACUGCUUAGUUGGUUCAAGUAACACAAGUGAUACAUCUCAAAGUCUGAUUGGAAAAGAAAACACCAGUAAAGCUGAAAUGAGAUUUACAGUUGCCUUGGAACACAUGAAGGACAUGGAAGAGAGAAUCCAAAGCAUUUCAGACUCAAAAGCCAACCUCAUAGAUGCAGAACGCUUCCAGAACUUUAGUGUGACAAUCGACCAAAGACUUAAUGAUGCUCUUCUGCAGUUAAGUUCCUUGAUUUCAUCAGUCCAGGAACAUGGGAACUCACUAGAUGAAAUCUCCAAAUCCUUGCUGAGUCUGAAUACCACACUGCUUGAUGUCCAGCUCAAUACAGCAACCCUGAAUCACAAAGUCAACGAGUCUACAGUGAAGCAGCAGGAGGAUAUCAGUAAGUUAGGGGAACGUGUGCGCAAAGUGUCAGCAGAAAUCCAGUCUGUGAAAGAAGAACAAGAGAGCGUGGAACAGGAAGUAAAACAGGAAAUGAAAGUACUGAAUAACAUCACUAAUGACCUCAGACUGAAGGACUGGGAACACUCACAGACAUUGAAAAACAUCACCUUAAUUCAAGGACCUCCUGGACCCCCAGGUGAAAAGGGAGAUAGAGGACUCAUUGGACAAAGUGGUCCACCUGGCAUUCCAGGUCCUCCAGGCCUUAGAGGUGACCGGGGGCUCACAGGCCUCCCUGGAAUGCGCGGAUACCCAGGGGCACCUGGAAAGGCGGGGAGGUCAGGAUAUCCUGGACCAAAAGGCCAAAAAGGAGAAAAGGGGAGUGCAGGCAUAUCAAGAUCAGUGUAACUCCCUGAUCAUAUUGGGACAAGAUCCUUUUAAGAUCAGGUGGGUUGGGCAGAGCACUCCACUGUCAUCUCCUUAAAAGGCCUUUGACCUCUGGACAAGCCAUCAGCACAACUGACUUCCGGGAUCUUUUUGCACGUCCUUCAAAAUGAACUUGGUUCCUGUGUCAUAUCAUGCCUGGCUUCUAAACAUGGCUUCCUCUCCUGACUCUGGGUGCAGCUCGGGCACCCAAAGCCAUAUGUACACCAUCAUGCACUCUGCUCCAGUGACCCUCAUCCCCUGUCACCCUUCACCUCGAUGUACCCAUGAGCUGACUAGUGGGAUGUUCCUGCCUCCUUCAGACCUUCUACUGUUCACUCACCUAAUCUUGUGGAAUACAAUUUAACCCAUUUGGUUCUAAAAGAAACUAUAUGGAUACUGAUUAACUAUGGGUUCUUUAAGCUCAAGAAGAAAGUCUAUCCAUUGUGUAUGUUUCAGAGCCAGACAUAACAAUAAAUAUAUUUUCUCUAACCUUAGAGAUAUAAAUAUACCAGUUAUAAACAAACCAGAGAAAACUAUCCUAGGAAAAUAAUAGGGCUGUACAGACAUUGAGAGGAGAUAAAUAAUCUUAGUGCCUUUGUAUAUUAAAAAUAACUUUAUUUUAUUGCGUGUUUCACUUUCCUACCUUAUUAUUCUCCAAAUCAAAUCAUAUAUAUAUAUAUAUAUAUAUAUAUAUAUGAGAGAGAGAGAUUAAAGCAGAAUUUGAAUAAUUUCUUCAAUAUAUUUGAAUGAGAAACAAACCUAAUACUUCAGUAAUUGCCUAUUCAUUUCAAACAAAAACAUUUUGAUCUUGAAAAAUCAAUGUUUAUUUUUAUUCUAUAAAGCUCUUUACAUUUACUUGCAUUUUAUGUUUUAAGUGCAUAUACUGGAAAAUAAAUAUUGAAAUUUAAGUGGAGAUAUUUUGAAUAAGUCAUAAAAAGAGAAAAUGCAAAACAAGAGAAGGAAAGAAAAGAAAAUACAGGAAUAAUAAAGAUAUAAGAUCCCAUGUUGUUUUCAUGUUGCUGCCUCUCCAUGAGCUAACAGAGCAUAUUUCCCAGGAUUUUCCUUUCUUUCAUGUUUUAACACUAAACCCUAAGAUCCACAGCAUGAAGAUAGCAGCAGACUUCUAAUUGUAUGCCUGUGUAUCUCACUUUUUCCAUUUUCUGCUCUGCCGAAUGAUAUCACUUCCUACCUCACAGGGUUGUUGUGGGGACAAAAGUAUGUGUGUGAAGAUGUUCUGUAAAAUCAUAAAGACCUAUAAAGUCAUAGGAAUGGUUCACAGCAGUCUUACUGAACAUAACAGCUGUUCUUUCCUGUUUUUAUACAGACAUGUUAAAUCUCUAAUCAUAUUAGGGCAGAAAGAAAAAAUGGAAAUGCCAGGAGCCAAGUAUAUGUCUCCAGCAAAAAGAGAGAUGUUAGAGAAUAAGACAAGAUUUUUUUAUGUUAGAUGGAAGAGCAGUGCAAGUGUGCCCAGAUCACAAAUCAGUGAAUUUGUCUUAGCAAAGCAGAAGAGCAUUAGUUAUAAGUAAGUGAAGCAUCUAAACCAGAGGCCAUGUCUGUUGACAGAGAUCAGAACAAAAUGUCAAAUUAAUAAAACAAAAAUCUGGACUUCAAAACACUUGUCUGAGCCCACAACAUUUGUUGAGAAAGUUCUGAAAAGGGUGGCAAUGAAUUGGUAUUGUCACUAGGUAGUAGGGUGCUUCUGUGCUUGCAUGCCACCAAGACAUAAUCAAACCUGGUCCUGAAGGAAAAGAAAAGGGAAUGAGCAAGUGAUCAUGAUCCUCUGCAGUAUUAACAGACCAGUUAUUCUGUGAAAACAUCUAGAGAAAAUUGGAUUUGUGCCUGUGGCUUAAUUGGCCUGUGCUGUGGAGUAUGUGUGACUCUUUUCUUGUGCCAGAAGGCAAUGCUGUGGACAAUUUUGGCUCCAUACAGAACAGCCCUGGUCCCAGAUGUGCUGGCAGACAAACUGUAGGAAUUCAGAUCUCAAGUCAUCUAUCUUCCAAAGCUAAGCAUGGAUGGUAAAGUGUGGAAUACUAACCUGAACUUCUCACAUUAAUAGAGAAGACUCUGUGUUUCCUUUUAGAUAAAAGUAGAUUCUGAAUGCCCCAUUCAAAGGCAUCAAUCAUCCCAACUUUUAUAAUGUAAAAUGAACAGUGGCAAAUAGUACGUUCUGUUGCCAUACUAACUAGGAAGGGUGUUUUUGUCAAGCAAGGGAGCCAUGUGAGCAAACACUGCGAGGCACCAUCUGAAAGAGUCCUAAUGCUUAUCUGUGGUGUGUCAGCAUGCUCUGGUCAUGAUCAAGAAGAGAGAUAGAAUGUGAAUUUUCAGUGUCUUAGUCUGAAACUUGUACAAUCAUAUGACAAAAAAAAAUGUAUUUGCUUUGAUUUAUACCGAGAACUCAACUCAAUCAUAAAUAAACUUCUGAUCUU